AUGUUGUGCGGUGUUCUUCGCCGCUCCUCCCUCUUGCAGCUUCUGGCAAUUUUGCUGCUGCAAUUUGCCGCGAACGGGCCCCUGGCUUCUCUAUCUGCAAACAAAACAGCGAUUAUCCGUGUUCCUCGGAAGGCGGUGGAUGGCUGGCAAUUAAAUCAGGCCACGAUUGGGGAGUUGGAGAACCCCCAUGCGAUCAACCGUCGAACAGGGACCAGAGGGCGCAGUAUGACCCCUCUCUUCUGCACAUUUCUCAGCUUCAUCAUCGCUGCAAUUUUCCUCAGAAAGGCCCGACGGGAGAAGGAAGGCAGCGACUAUGAUCCAAACGAGGAGUGGUAUUAUCCGAGCUCGCCAAGCAGCAGCCGCCCUGCCAGCGCCAGCCCCUCAAACUUCCAACGCGGAAGCACGUUGGACAACUCGCCAGAAGCCGAGCACUCAGUUGAGAGCGCAUUUACCGGGAGCCAACUAGACCUAAACAUACCCACCAGCGAACUACCCAGUGUCUUUGGGGAUGCGUCUUCCUUGGCAUCAGAAGACGCCGAGCCAUACAGAGAGCCAACACCAUCCAGUGAUUCAGAAAGCGAUGAGGAAGGAAAACCCGAGCCGGUAUUGGGGGAACAAACAGUGGUGCGUACUACCGUAGCAGCACAAGAAGCAGAGAUUCCAGUACUUUUAAGUCACUGA